AGCCCCCAGCCCGGCCUGGUCCCUGCCCCGGGGGGCCCCGCUCGGAGGGAAGGCUGAGGAAUCAUGUCCACGUGUCGCUCCAGAUCCUCCCGUCUUCCAGGGGACGGGGAAGGGACAUGGCUGUGAUGGAGCCAGCUCAGAUGCCGGUGACCUUCGAGGAGGUGGCUGUGUAUUUCACCCAGGGGCAGGGAGCUCUGCUGGACCCCGCUCAGAGAGCCCUCUACAGGGACGUCAUGCAGGAGAACCAUGAGAUGGUGACCUCGCUGGGAUUCCCCGUUCCCAAACCUGACCUGAUCACCCAGCUGGAACGAGGGGAAGAGCCGUGGGUCCUGGAUCUCCAGGCCUCUGAGGAAAGUGUGAGCCUGAAAGGCACCCGCACAGGUGAUAGGACAGCAAGUGAGAACAAAGAGGAGAAUCAGCAGCAGGAAGGUCCUGAGCAAGUGGAACCGCAGGAGAGGUUUUUGAGCAGAACUGAAGGGAAUUUUUCCCAGUGCUUGGAACAGGGAAAUGCCUGGGGAGAUCGACACAGAUCAGAAAUGCAGCUGGGAAACUAUCCCAGUAAGAAACUGGAUGUAUCCUCUGAAUGUGAUGGAGGAUGGAAGGAUCCCAAGGAAACCACCAUCCAGAAGACAAGUCACAAUGAAGAGAAGCCCUACAGAUGCCUUGAGUGUGGAAAAAGAUUCCAUUUCAGUGAAAACCUUCUUACACAUCGAAGAAGCCACACAGGAGAGAAGCCCUACGAAUGCUUGGACUGUGGGAAGAGCUUCCGUGAGAGGUCAAGCUUUACUACACACCAGAGACUGCAUACAGGAGAGAGACCCUAUAAAUGCUUUGACUGUGGGAAGAGCUUCAUACAGAAGUCAAGGCUUACUGUACACCAGAGAGUACACACAGGAGAGAGACCCUAUAUAUGCUGUGAGUGUGGGAAAGGUUUUAUUCGGAGCUCAGAGCUUAUUAGACAUGAGAUCACCCACACAGGAGAGAGACCCUUUAAAUGCCAUGAGUGUGGGAAAAGUUUUAAUCAUAACUCACUGCUUAUUACACAUCAGCGAACCCACACAGGAGAGAGACCUUAUAAAUGCCUUGAGUGUGGGAAAGGGUUUAUUCAGAAUGCAACACUUAUUGCACAUGAGAGAACUCACACUGGCGAGAGCCCCUAUGAAUGCCAUGAGUGUGGGAAAAGCUUUAGUAAGAGCUCAGCGCUUUUAACUCAUGAGAGAACCCACACAGGGGAGAGACCCUAUAAAUGCCUUGAGUGUGGGAAAGGUUUUAUUGAGAACUCAGCACUUACCAGACAUAGGAGAAUCCACACCGGAGAAAGACCCUAUAAAUGCCAAGAGUGUGGGAAAAGUUUCAAUGUGAAAUCAACCCUUAAUGCACAUCAGAAAACCCACACAGGAGAGAGACCCCAUAAAUGCUUUGACUGUGGGAAAAGCUUCAUUCAGAAGUCAAAGCUUAGUGAACACCAGAGAGAACAUACAGGAGAGAGACCAUAUAAAUGCCUUGACUGUGAGAAAAGUUUCCCUGACAGAAUAAAACUUACUAGACAUCAGAGAAUCCAUACGGGAGAGAGGCCCCAUAAAUGCUUCAGCUGUGGGAAAAGCUUCGUACUCAACUCAAGGCUUAUUGUACACCAGAGAGUGCACACGGGAGAGAAACCCUUUAAAUGCCAUGAAUGUGGGAAAAGUUUUAGUCAAAGUGCAACGCUUAUUAUACAUCAGCGAACCCACACAGGAGAGAGACCCUAUGGAUGCCUUGACUGUGAGAAAAGUUUUAUCUCAACUUCAGCCCUUAGUAUACAUCGCAAAAUCCACACAGGAGAGAGACCCUUUAAAUGCCACGAGUGCGGGAAAACUUUCAGUUACCGCUCAAAUCUUACUAAACAUGGAGAAAUCCACACCAGAAAGAUGCACUAUAAAUGCCUUGACUGUGGGGAAAGCUUCAAUAAGAGCUCAGCGCUGACCAAACAUGAGAGAAUCCAGAAGGGUGAGAGACCCUAGGAAUAGGGGAGCUUGGGUGCUGGGGCUAUCGAGUGUUUGGGGAUGAUGGGAUAAGAGGGGAGGGAGAGCACAGGGGUAGCAAGGUGCUGCUUCAUCACUCACCCCUCUGCCACGUCUCCCUGCCCCCGCUGGAUUCAGACAGCACCAUUAACAGAGACUGAUUCCCACAGGGCCUUUUGUUGGCAGUCUGGAUUUCCCACCUCUGCUACAGUAGCAUCAGCCUGUGGGAGGGAAGCAGUCUUGCCUAGUGGACAGAGCACUGGCCUGGGACUCAGGAGACCUAAGCUCUGUUCCUAACGCUGCCAGCAGCUUGCGGGGUGACCUGAGACAAAUCUGUGCCUUCCAGAGAGGGAAUAAAUGGGGAGUGAUAAUAUCAGCCUCCGAGGGUCUGUCUAGGGCAGGAGAAGUAGUUGGGGUUAGCUAGGGCGUAUCCUUUGUUCCUCCACCCCUUUUUCUAGUCUAGACUGAUGCUGAGCAGUUUAUUCCAGUCCCCCAUUAGCAAAGUGAUUGUUAGAGUCACUAAGUCCCCCCUUUGCAGUGAGAUUGUCUCAUUCCCAGAUAUCUUCACAUUGCUCCAGAUUAUGCAGAAAAGCAUGUAAAUUUUUUUUUUUUUUUUUGCUGUUUCUCCCUUUUACGCUAGCAUUCAAUAGAGAUUAAAAGAGCUGGAUGAGGGAUAGCAAAAUAAUGUGGUGGUUUCGCUUCUGUAUUAUUUGAAGGGGAUGAGAUGGGUCUGGGGAGUAGCUCCCUCCCGCCCCCAUCAGCUUCACACAUCUUCUCUGACAGAGCAACCUCUGCCCAAGCCGUGCAGAGUUUAUCCUUUUCCCUUUCUACCCCUCCACCUUCACGUGUGUCAUUUACCAUAGUGUCCUUUCCCCACCAUGCUUAGGAAUCAGGCUUUGAUUCCUUUGAUCCUCAGUCAGGCCCCUGAGGGCUUGAGACAAAAAUGUCACAUUCCUGAAGAGGGAAUUGAACCCCAAAGCAUGGUUUGAGCUUCAAUCCCAGCCUCUGUCUAUUGGUAAAGUGGCAUCUGGAGUUUUUCCAGCCAAAUCCAGAUCAUUUGUAGAUAGGAAGUUUUUGGUUGUUUGUCUUUUCUUCCUCUUUCUUUUUUGACGAUGAUGCUAAAGCUUUUGUCAGUAACCAGUCAAAUAAUGCGGGGGUGCAGAGGAAAGGAGCUUUAGCCUGAUCAGCAGGAAAUGGGCAAAUUUGUUCCCAAGAUUUGAGUUUUAGGAUUCUCUGGGAUUUCACUUCAUGAACAGGAAAGUGGUUUCUAGCCCGCCCUGGAGUGUGGGCUUUUUUUCUCUUUUAGUUGAAUUCUGUUCUGUCAUGUAUUUGACAUUAAAUUAGUUUGACAGGAUAUAACUCAGAUUUCUGGGGGACUUCAAAAGAGAAAUGAUAAUUUGCCACAAUAGCCUUUACUGAUUUUCUUUUCACAUCAGAUUUUCUUCUUCUUUGAACAAUGAAAAUGACCAGUGUCUCUUAGGAAAACAAUGUUGGUGAGUGCUGGAUACGCACUCCAGGAGUCAGGGACUGAAAUGGGGAAGGAAGUGACUGCCUGAUACCUGCAAAGAUGUGAGAUACAGUCAGGAUGGGGAGAGGAAGGGUGGGUGGGUGGCGGUGGGCAGGGCCUUGAAAGGGCACUGUUUGCUCUUACGAGCCAGAGAGCUGAGUCUGAGAACUGUGAACUCACUGCACAUGUCCCAGAGAGAGAGGAAAUGUCCUACAAGUGCUGGGUGAAGUCGUCCUUGAACUCUGAAGGGCUACAAAUGAAGCCCCAAGAGGACUGAUGUGGAGAGGGGUUGGUGACUCCCCAUUGCUGAGAGGAGGAGGCCGGGCAAAUGCCUCUCUCAUGGAUUGUUAGUGCUUUUCUACCAGCUUUAAUGUGUUCCUCUUUUCCUGGGGUGUAUGUGUGGCUUGAGCAGCAAUGUGCUGAGCUGGGCAUUGGAUGGGGCGGGAAGGGGGUUGGGAUUUAGCUUUUAAUUCUUGGUUUGAAAAGAAUAAAGUAGAAUUUAGUUUCUCAA